UUCCUAUUUUUUUGAUUCACCUGCUUGUGAAGAGAAAUAUCUUUUGCUUGUAGUCUCUAGAUUCAGUGUCAAACCUCUGGACGUUUUUAGAUUCUCGAUUUGAUUAAAUCAAAUAUUUCCCUUCUUAGAGUUGAGUUCUAGAGAGCUCUUUUGAUACUCAUGGCAUAGAUAAAUAAACAGACAACAUGCACUGUGUUGGAAUAACUUGAAUUUGCUGUCUAGUGCCUUGAAACCUAAUUUGUACUCGUUAACGUGUUAUUUAUGAUUUAGAGCCUUGUUAUUUAUGAUUUUGGGUCUAGGGCUCAAAGAGAUGCCACACACACACACAAAUGUAUGUAGGUAUGUAUGUAUCCUCUCCCCUUGCUAGUGGACGUAGCAAGCACAUUGUCAGGGAAUCAUAUGUGGUGACAGAAUUUAUUGAGGGUUUGGUGGAAACAUAUCCUGGAUUACAGUACUUGGAUGGUUUUCCUAAGGUGAAGGUUGUUUUACGAGCCGAUGUUUCAAGUGCAACAUAUAACAAAGUCGCCAUAAUAUCAGGCGGUGGAAGUGGACAUGAGCCUGCACAUGCUGGAUUUGUUGGGGAAGGAAUGCUGACAGCAGCUAUUUGUGGGGAUGUUUUUGCCUCUCCGCCAGUUGAUUCGAUUUUGGCUGGAAUUCGAGCUGUAACUGGACCUAUGGGAUGUCUUCUCAUCGUGAAGAAUUAUACUGGUGAUCGUUUAAAUUUUGGGUUGGCUGCUGAGCAAGCAAAAUCGGAAGGAUUUAAAGUAGAGACUGUUAUUGUUGGGGAUGAUUGUGCUUUGCCUCCACCUCGGGGUAUAGCUGGUCGAAGAGGAUUGGCUGGGACUGUACUUGUUCACAAGGUUGCUGGAGCGGCUGCUGCUGCGGGGCUUUCUCUUUUAGAUGUUGCCACAGAAGCAAAACAUGCGGCUGAAAUGAUAGGAACGAUGGGAGUUGCAUUGUCCGUUUGCACACUGCCUGGCCAGGUCACAUCAGAUCGUCUGGGCCCAGGGAAAAUGGAACUCGGUCUUGGAAUUCAUGGUGAACCUGGUGCUGCUGUGGCUGACCUUCAGCCAGUUGACGUGAUAGUAUCUCAUGUUCUCAAACAAAUAUUAUCACCGGAAACUAACUAUGUUCCAAUAACACGAGGUAAUAGAGUGGUGCUCAUGGUUAACGGGUUAGGUGCUACCCCAUUGAUGGAAUUAAUGAUUGCAUCUGGGAAAGCAGUUCCCAAGUUGCAGUUGGAGCAUGGGUUGGCUGUUGACAGAGUGUACAGUGGUUCAUUUAUGACUUCUCUUGAUAUGGCCGGUUUUUCAAUAACCAUCAUGAAGUCCGAUCAAACAGUUUUGCAACGGUUGGAUGCUGCAACCAAGGCUCCCUGUUGGCCCAUUGGUGCUGAUGGCAGCCACCCACCUUCCAAAAUACCUGUUCCAAUACCACCACCUGCUCUUGCUACAAAGAACGGUGAGACAUUAGGUGGACCCCUGCAACUAAAUCAACAAGGCAUUAUUCUAGAGGCUGCAAUUGAGGCAGCUGCCAAAGCAGUGAUCAAUCUCAAGGACGCAUUAAAUGAAUGGGAUAGCAAAGUGGGUGAUGGUGAUUGUGGGUCAACGAUGUUCAAGGGUGCAGCAACUAUUCUUGAGGAUAUGAAAUGGUUGUCCAUGGGUAUCGUUUUCUCAUGCCUCUGCAACACCUUCAUCUUCAACAUCUCUAUCUUUGUUGAUCUAUUGUUCCUCAUCCAAUGCAAACUUCUUCCUCGCACGUCCUGCCAUCUAUAUUUGACUCGUUUUCUUCAUAAUGUUGCAUUUUUUCGUUGCCUCCAAAUGUUGGCUGCAACUCUUUGAAUAUUUUUUGCACCAUACAUGGGAAAUAGUAUUCUCCAAAACCUCUGCUUUGGAUUGAUAUAGGUUCACAUCUGUUACACUUCCAGCGCCUUAAUCCAUCGCCAAUUGAAUAUCCAUAAGGUGUUUUCAACCUUUGAUAAAAUCUAGAUGAGUGACGUUGUGACGUUGAAAUUCUUCUUCUUAAUCACUUGGAUCAGAAUUCCAACACUAUUUUUUUAUGUUUUGGCUUUCUUGCCUAUACCAACCACCGUAUCUUUUUUUUUUUUUUUAAAAAAAGGAAACGAGUGCCUUUAUUAAUAAAUUAGUGAGACAAAAGCUUAAGGUACUAGAGGAUUAUACAAUAAGCAUUAAGACUAAGGAUCAGCGGACACACUGGACAUCUCAAUCAGGUUGACACCCCCAUAGCGCCCUCAUCAUAUCCAACAAACAAACACAAAAAGGACAAAUUUGCGGCUAAUAUUCAACCCUUACAUCAGAAGCAUCUUAACUAGGAAGCAUAGAUACUUCUAAUUGUGCAGAGAAUCAGUAUCAGAUACGGAUACGUCCAGAUAUGGUAUAGAUACGUGUCUGAUACGCGAUUUCAAGUAUCUGAUUAAUUUUGUUUUUAUUUUUAAUUUUCAGAUAUGCGUAUCUGCUUCCAGAUAUAUGUAGGGGAUAUGUGGGUUAAUUUUUUUUUUUUUUUUCCAAAUUUAAGGCCAACUAUUUAAAAAACCCAACCCUCAACCCAUUUUAUUUUAGUGCAUGUUUAGGAGUGAUUUUAAAAUCACCAAAAAUCACUCGAAAACACACUUUUAAUUACACAAAAUUAAUUUAG